UUAUAUUAUCAAUAAUAUUUAAGUAAAAAAAGGAGAAAAAUGACUAUAUGAAAAUGUCUUUUGCAUUACGUUAUCCAGUCAGAAGCAAAUCAGAAACCUUGAGAAAACACAAGAAAACAUCCAAGAUAAAAAAGGGAGUAAAACCAUGGGAUGACUCUGUUCAAGAUUUAACUAAAUUCAAGCCAAGUAGAGAAGAUUUAGAGCGCAAUCAUCAACUUCAUUUACCUAAGAAAGAUCAUGAACGAUUGUUUCACAAUACCCAUCCAAUAAGUUCUUUUCUCCAAGAUGAAAAAGAAAAUCAUAACAUCUUCCAAGAUGCUCCUAAAAUAUUAGAAAAAAAGCGUGCCUUAAUCAAAGAAAGGUUUUAUAAUCAAGAAAAAGAGUUAAGAGAAGUGCUUUCAGAGACUGAUCGUACAAUGGCUAAUGUUCAAGAUAUGUUUGGUGAUGAUGUUCAAAGGUAUAGAGUCUUUCCACACGUUACUAGAGCGCCAACAAAGAAGCAGAACACUGAGAGUUUCUUGACAUCUUAUGAUAAAUCAUCUAACAAUGAAGGGACAGUAAAUAUGGAGCUAAAUGCUGUUUCAGAUGAAGAAAGUAAUUCUAGUACUCAAAGCGCAAAACAUUCAUUUACAUCAGAAAUCAAUCUUGAUCGUUACCGAAAAUUUUUAAAAGAAAGUGAUACUAACAAAUGGGAAGAGGAGGCAUCAUCAGUCUUUCAAUCACUGUCUAAAAAUAUUCCAACCAACAAUGAGAAUUCCUGCACAGAUGAUAAAAGCAUUCAACACAUUGUUAAUCAACAACACUCAAACAAAAAUCAAAAGGAACAUCAUUCUGUUAAACAAAGUGAACUAAUCAAAAACAAUGUUAGCCAUAAUCAAUUAUCAAAAUCGUGUGAUGAACAAAGGCAUCCUUCCUCCCAGUCGUUCAAUGAUAUGAAAAAGUUAUUGGAUAUGUUAGAAUUAGAAAUUAGUGAAUAUGAAAAAGUAUCAGGUCAAAACAUUAAAUCUGAUCCAAUAAAGAUUCCUUCUACAUUAACUGGGUACACUGCAAAUCUUCUUUCUGCUGUUAUUAGAAUUACAAGAUAUUUAAAAGAGAGUGAAGUCCAGCUUCGUGCUGAAAUGUUGAUGCGAAAAGAAAUAGUCGAUGCUCUUGAAGAACAACGUGACUUAAUUGACGCACUGACUGCUGAUCUUAUCGAAACCCAAGAAAAAAAUGAAGAAUUAAAGAAAAUGAUUUAUGAACAAAAUAAAACGAAUCAAAAGCAACACUUCCAGCUUUCUAACGACUUUCAUCGAUUAGAGCAAAAGCUGGACAGCUUUUUAAUGUUAUUUGAUGACAUUUUUGAAAAAGUCGAUAGUAGCGAAACUGAUCAUUUAGACGUUUCUAGAGAUCCAAAAGAUUCAGUUAACAACGAUGCAUCGAAAAAUAAUGAAAUUUCACCUAAAAUAUCGCCUAUACAUUUUAAAGUUAUUUUUUAAUUGACAAUAGACAAUGUUUCUAUAAAAAAAAUGUUUCUAUUUAAAAAAAUGUAAAUAUAAUC